CCUCCAUCCUGUCCGAGCAGACGAAAGGGAAACAGAUGACUCGUCUGCUGCGUUGAGCUUGAAACCUGCCGACUGAAACCAUCCGAGGGCUGUUUCAGGAAAUUAAAAGGGCUUUAGGACCGAGUUUAAAAGAUGCAGUGAUUAAGUUUACCUCCACCGAGUGAGUCCACAUCCACUCAACCGCCGUGGCUUCCUGCUCCAAUGACCCGCCUCCUCUGACUCCACCUGACUCCACCUUCUGUUGACCAGUGGGCGGGGCUGGCCCUGCUCAGGAGGCGUGACCGGGGAUGGACAGCCGAUGCAGCAGCAGCGCCGAUUCACGGCUGACCGGCAGGGGGGCGGGGUCCGUCAGCACCACGCCCGUCUGCGCGAGGGUGGAGUCGUACGAAGCCGGGGAGAAGAAGUGCAUCUCGGACGUGAGGAGGACCUUCUGCCUCUUUGUCACCUUUGACCUCUUGUUCGUCACCUUGCUCUGGAUCAUAGAGCUCAAUGUGAACGGUGGCAUCCAGAAGCAGCUGGAUAAAGAAGUUCUGCAUUACGACUACCACGCUUCCUUCUUUGACAUUUUUCUCUUGGCUGUUUUCAGGUUUGCCACUCUCAUCCUGGCCUACGCCGUCUGCAAGCUGCGUCACUGGUGGGCCAUCGCAAUCACCACUGCAGUCAGCUGCGCUUUCCUGAUCGUCAAAGUCAUUUUAUCAAAGCUGCUGUCUCAGGGGGCCUUUGGGUACCUGCUGCCCAUCAUCUCCUUCGUGUUGGCCUGGAUAGAAACAUGGCUGCUGGACUUCAAGGUUCUGCCUCAGGAGGCCGAAGACGAAAACAGAUAUCUAUCCAUCGUGGACGCCACAGAGCGAGCUCCUCUCGUGUAUCCGGGUCCCUUGUCUGACGGACAGUUCUACUCUCCACCAGAGUCUGUGGCAGACUCUGACGAGGACCUGGACGAUAAACACGAUCCAGAAAAAGGGCUCAUCCAGCAGGUGACCUAACAGGAUGUCCACUCCUGAAGGUGACGUGUGUCUUCUGCUCCUGUUGUGCCACUGAGGGAAAAUUCUGCCUUACACAUUUUGCCAUUUUAGUUUUUAUUCGUAUCAAAGAAGUCUUCGUAUAUUCAUACCCACGAAUGCACCUCUGUGUCUGAUUCCAGCCUUCUGCAUGUACGCUGGGACUGCUGCCUAAAAGGCAGUUUCAGUAUCAUGACUUGAUUUUUAGGAUCUUUUCACCACGUUUUAGGAACUCUGGACCUUCAAAGAGAAUUUCUGUUAAUGGAUCUUUAUUAACAAACUGCACAUUGUGUCUGACGCCUUAAUUCAAUGAAAACGAAAUCAGUACAUUUUAGAUUGAUUUGAGUGUCAGACCAUAACACAAGUCUUCAAUGCUUUGAGAAAACAUUCUCGUCUUAUGUUUCCAACGUCACGUUUACUUCUUAGUCGCUGAUCAUUUUCUUUGCUGCUUUGGUUUGAAGUCACUGUAACGGAAAGCGAGCUUUCUCCAUAGACUCCGCAUGAAGAAAAGGAGGAUUUAUCGGCCAGUAUUGAGCUUGUGGACCAUGUUUGUAGCAGAGGCAGAAUGUUCACAUUUUACCGUGUUCGUGACCGGGUCAUUAGAAAAGUCGGUGACUACUUCCAGGUCCUAAAGCGCAGCGGAACAACCUGCACAGAACAACGGAACAAUAUUACAGUGAAGAACACAAGAGCGUGAAGUAUUAUUUUACUUUAAAACAAAAUGAGCCAUAAAGCUGCAGCAUUUAAACAUGGCGGCGGGGGCUGCACUGUCUGAUCUGGGAACUGCUCUGCUGUCGGAGCGCAGUGUGAGCUGAAAAUACAUGUACAUAUCUUCAUGCAUGCCUCGCAAGCCGAGUGGUUUUGUUUUUUUGUUUUUAAAAGCUUGCCGGUAAAAUUCAAAUAGAAGAAUUAAAAUGUGAAAUCUUG